ACACUAUUGUGUGGUAAAGAGCAUUUUGUAGUUGGGUGAAACAUACUAUUUUCCACAAUGUGCUACAGCUGAUAACUGUCAGUGUCCUUGUUUUAGUGUCAGUCAAGUGAAAUAUUUUGGCGGGUUUACUAGAAAAAGUUAUAAAAUCGUUAACUUUAUUUCCGAGAUUUUCUGUAAAUAAUAAUGAAGCUACAAUGCCAAGUCGAAGUUAUAAACAGGUUGCAUAGUAGUUUGAACAUAAGAUCCAAUGGUAAAUACUUAAAAUCUACUUUAGCAUUAGGGAAAGAACCAAAAUCUGAUGUAGAAUAUUUUAUUCUUCACUUUUCGUCUACAAACAAAAGUGGUACAAAAUACCGUGCUAAAUGUAUAAAGCAAGUGUUUGUAAAGUGUAUAAAUGAAGGAAAAGCGACCAUACGUUUCGAAGAACCGCCUCACGAUCUAUGUAUAAAAAGUGAAGUUAUUCAGCUGAAAUGUUUCAUGAGGAUAUUGCGAUCUGUGCUUACGGGUGAUACGAAGAACUUAAACCUGGCUCCAUUGUCAAGUUUGAGUGUAACACACAAAGACGCAGCGCCGACUAAACUCGUGAUUCGGGAUCGAAGUGAAUUCCCUGUGAAAGGACUCCCUCGAACUUUGGAAUCUCUAUAUAUAAAUGGGUUAAACCUCUGUAACUUUAGACGGGAAAUCUUACUAUUAAAAAACCUUGUGAUACUUGAUCUUAGUAACAAUGCUAUUGAAAAGCUGCCACCAGAGUUUGGUAGAAUGCCAAAUUUAUGUGAAUUAUAUUUGUCUAACAAUCAACUUGGUGUAAAGGAUGUAGUAGACUGGAGAUGGUUAUUAAACACUCAGAUAUCUCAAAAACUUAAACUAUUAGACAUAAGUGGUAACCAAUUGAAAUACUUACCAAAACCAAUUUGGAAAUUACAAAAACUAGUCACACUUAAAUUGGAUAAUAAUCUUUUAGAGAAAUUGCCUACAACACUUGGUCGGAUGAGCAGCUUGAGGCAUCUCACAAUGACCCAAAACAGACUGACAACACUACCUUGUGGAUUAUUACAAUGCCGUUUAGAAUACAUAGACCUAUCAGAAAACCAACUGGACGCCCAAGAAACCACCCCAGAACCAUGUAAAAGUACUCCUUGGGAAUUUUACAUUGGCAGUCUGGUUGAUAUCACCUCCAAAGUUGUAUUAAAAAAUAAGUUUUACUAUGCUCCCAACAUAAUACCAUGGACUUUGGUAGAGUUCUUAGAUAAUGCUAAUAUGUGUGUCUGUGGCGCUCCAGUAGUAAACAACAGAUUCUACAUGAAUAAGGAGUUCCAAUUACGAGAUUAUUUCCAUGUUGUUGUUUUUAAUAGCAAUCGAAAAAGUACUGUUACAUUUCAAUGUUAUUUCUGUUCACAUAAGUGCUUGAAUAGGUGAUUAGGAAAUAAAAUUAAGGAUUUAAAUACUUUGAAUAUAAUAUUUAUUAAUGAAAAAUGA